AUGAACUUGCAGUGGAGCAGCCCGGCACCCUGCAUCCGCACCGGGAGAGUCGCGCACAAGCGGCUGGACUCAGAUGAUCAGCCGCCGGCUAAAUGCGCCAGGCUGAGCGCAGAGGCGGGGGACACACAGGGACUCCUCGGUACUUCUCCCGGGUCCCCGGUCAGCCCCGUCUCAACCCCUAUCCCGGCAACCCACCAGGGGCCAUCCAGGAUAGGACCGUUUCUGCUUCUACCUCUGGCGGACCGGGAGAGCAUGCACAGCGCGAUGAACACCGACACCGGCGAUGAGCUACUGUGCAAGGUCUUUGAUAUGGGGGUGUACCAGGAAAAGAUCAGAGCCUACGGGAUCCUGCCAGCCCACAAGAAUGUGGCCAGCAUCAGGGACAUCAUCCUCGGUGAGCGUAAGGCCUAUGUGUUCCUGGACAAAGACUUUGGGGACAUGCACACCUUGGUGAAGAGCUGUCGCAGACUGGAUGAGGAGCACACCUGCAGACUCUUCCGUCAGGUGGCUCUGGCUGUGGCACACUGCCACCAGGCUGGCAUCGUGCUGGGUGACCUCAAACUGCGAAAGUUUGUCUUCGCUGAUGAAAAAAGGACACAAGUGAGACUAGAAAGCCUCGAGGACUGUCGUGUACUAGAAGACCCUAACGAUGACUCCAUGUCAGACCACGGCUGCCCCGCCUACGUCAGCCCAGAGAUCCUCAGCAGCUCUGCACCUUACUCUGGCAAGAUGGCCGACAUGUGGAGCCUGGGGGUCAUGCUGUACACCAUGCUGGUUGGUCGCUACCCCUUCCAUGACCCAGACCCGGCUACACUGUUUUCCAAAAUCCGCAGAGGCCAGUGCUGUUUGCCAGAGGGCUUGUCGCCCAAGGCCAAGUGUCUGCUCCAGAGCCUGCUGAGGAAAGAACCCUGGGAGAGACUCACAGCGACUGAGCUGUUCACUCACCCGUGGUUCCACCGGCCGCCCUCAUCGCGGGAAGUGGUGCUGGGUGAACAGGAAGUGACUUCGGCGGAACAGAUGGUGCCAUCGUUUGACGUGGAAGAGGAUGAUGAUCUGUUCUGCUGACGGACUCGAUUUAGCUGAGUCUGGCUGAGGGACCAAAACAAAAAUUGCUACGAGGGACUCGUUGUUGUUUUUUACAUUGGCACUUUUUAGAAACCUAUUUGUGUACUGUUGAGUGUACAUACACCCUCAAGCUUUCUAAAAAAACUUACUGUACUGUAUUUUGUUGUUGUAAGUGUGUUACUUGCUAAGGGCAUUGUUCACAAUGAUCGUCAUUGUGUUUCUAUAUGUGCGUUUUUGAAAUGAUUUGGUGCUAAAAGAAAUAGGACUCCGGAUUUGCCAGGUAAUAUUAACAAAAUGAACUCUGCAGGUUUCUUUGACUAUAUCCCAGAACAUUAACCCAUGGCAAACAAUAGUCACCAAUGCUUGCUCUCAGCCUGGACUCACAAGACAACAUUAGAUGAAUCGCGAACGGGAGGCGAGGAGAGCGGGAUGUUGUUCCUCUCACUCUCUGACCAAUCUGGAGGCCUCAACGGCUGACUCACCGAUCGGCUCGAGGAAGGCCUAGUGCAAGCUUGAUGUCUCGCAGCAGGCGGUGUCAUAGAGUGAGAAAGAUGGUUAGCAGAGGACUGAUGUGUCACACUCAGCGGGGACGCUGCAAAGGUGUUUCACUGCCAAUCUGGCAAUGUCUCAGCAAAUGGAGAGCAUUUACAAAUCUCACACCAUGCACAGAAGGUUGAGAAAGGCAGGGUGUUAUUGAUGUAAGACGCACAGAAAAGUGGGCAGAGUUUGUCUCUAAUACACACACACACACAC